AUGGCAACCCCAGGCCAAAAGAUCAUCAUUAUCGGCGGUGGAAUGUGCGGCAUCGCCUCCGCAAUAGCAAUCGCACAAGCAUUCUCCUCACACGAAGUGCAGCCUCAAAUAACCGUCUACGAACUUCGCGACGCACCCAGCACGUUCGGCGGCCCGGUAAAUCUCACACCAAAAGCACUACGCUGCCUCGACCAGCUCGGCGUAUUCGGGGAAUUGAAACGUAUGCGAUUCGGCUGUGAAGUAGACGCGAUCCAAAUAUUUUCAAUGCGAACUGCCAGCGAAAUCGCUUCCAUUGAUUAUACAGGCGACGGAAGCGGGCUUGGCGGGUACAAGGGGUGGAGAGUGAUGCGAUUCGAGCUUUUAAAAGCCAUGUUGAGCGUUGCAGAAGGGCUGGACACGGUUAAGAUCCAGUAUGGCAAGAAAUUGACUGGAAUCGAAGAAAUUUCUGAUCAGGUUCGUGUUCACUUUGAGGAUGGAGGGGUUGAUACUGGGGAUAUGGUGCUGGGUUGUGAUGGGAUUCAUUCAGCGACCAGGAGCUUGUUUGUCGAGGCUGAUCGGAAACCGGGUUACUCUGGAUGGGCGGCGGCUUAUGGGUUUGUUCAGGUGAAGGAGUUGUUUGGGGAAGGGGAGAAGCCGUUCUUUGAGGAUACUGCGCUUGUGAUGUCGAGGUAUGGGUCUGCUUUGACGACGUUCUGUGAUGAUGCUCGGAGCUUAAUUUAUACGGUUCUUUUGAUGGAGAUGGAGGAGCAAGGGUCGCGGGAGGGGUGGAAGUCUAUUGGGAAAGACCAGGAGAGGGUUCGUUUGGAGGGUGUUAGGAGGACGCAGAAUUCUCCUAUUCCAAAGAUUGCCCAGAUGAUUGAGAAGGUUGGAGAUUGGACCCUUUAUCCGAUCUAUGUUUUACCUCCGAAUGGUCGGUGGCAUACGAAUCGUGUUUUGUUACUGGGUGAUGCUGCCCAUGCGAUGCCACCUAAGGGAGAAAGUAUCGGUCAUGCCUUUGAGGAUGCAAUCCGGUUGUCACUGAUACUCUCUCACUACAGGAGCGAGUCUCCUCGUGUCGCAUUUGAUUUUUACGAGAAUUUGCAACGCAAGAAGACUGAAGAACUGUAUAAAGUCUCGUCGACUGGAUGGAAGUCUAAUGACGAUAUCGGAGCUAUUGGCGGCCGGCUCCUUGAAUGGUUCACACCACUGUAUCUAUGGUGGAUAAAGGGAGUUUCGGAGAAGGAUUUGCGGACAGAUCCGACUGAUAUUUCCUUUCCUAGCUAG